UUAUCUAGAGUCGGAAGCAAGGGAACUCAGUUGUCUGGCGGUCAGAAGCAGCGGAUAGCAAUAGCUCGGGCCCUAGUAAGGAACCCUAGGGUACUCCUUCUAGAUGAAGCAACCUCUGCUCUUGAUACAGAGAGUGAGAAGAUUGUCCAGGAUGCGCUGGAUAAAGCUCAGGAGGGCAGAACAAGUAUUACAAUUGCUCACAGGUUAUCAACAAUAAAGGACUCAGAUAGAAUAUUUGUCCUAAGCCAAGGCGAGAUAGUUGAAUCAGGAGCUCAUGAAGAACUACUUAAUCUACAGGGUGUUUACUACAAACUUUGGAACUCAGCAAAGUAGGAUACAGGGUGAUAUAACACAUUAUAGAGUUUUAUUCUAUUUUUAUAUAUUUUAUAUAUAUAUAUUAUAUAUUAUAGA